AUGUCUCUUGUUGUCUAUCGGCUUGAGAAUAGUCAAGCGGUUUCAGAGAAGAAACAUCAAAUCUUUGAAAAGACUUUAAAUAAUACUAAUGAUGAAAAAACGAAUAGUGGAAAUAAUGAGGAUAGAACCAAAUCAACCGUAUUGGAUUUAAGAACAUGUACUCAAGUUGCUCAAACAUCAUCAUUAUUAGGAAUGUUGGAAAAUUUAAAAAAGCUCUCACUGACCUCUCAGGUGGCUAUUGAGAGUAUAACUAGAGAGGCCGAUAAAACAUUCGAAAGAGUCUAUCAGGUACAUGAAAAAGUUAUCAUUCUAACGGAGAAAGUAAAUAGAAUUAAGGAGUUUUAUGACAACUCUCAAUUUGAAGAAAUUCAGAGAAAGCAAGUUAUUCAACGAGUGGAUUAUAAGGAACCAGAACAAGGAAGAUUUAAUAGUGAGACUAUACCCUAUGGUUGGUUUGAACAAUAUCAGAAAUGUGAGGAUAUGCCAAACUUUAGGAUAGUUGAUGAGUAUUUAUUGAAACCUCCCUAUUUACAGUCUUAUUACAAGAACUAUUCGAAUCCUGAUGGUUUAUUCUCGACAUGGAAAGAUACCUUUGUUAGGCAUUUGAGGAACGAGCAGCAGAAAGAACGAGAGCUGCAUAAUCAAACACAAUCAUCCCAAACUCAAUCAAUAAUCUUUCUGAAGAAGAAACAUUCCGUUGGUGAUGUAAUAGUUCCAGAAAAGAGAGUGAAGAAAGUGAUACCUGUGUGGAAGAAAUAUGAUAAGAACAAUGGAUCUAAGGUAACGCUACAGCAAGAAGGAACAAUAUUCGAAAAUAUUCAACAAAUUACAAUUUCUGAGAAUCAAAAUCAAUCUCUUUCAAGAACAAGAAGCUCUGUUUUGAGAAGCGCUGGAAGUCAAAAGAAGAUUGACAAUUCUGUUCUUUCCCCAGAGGAGCCAAAGAUAAAAUCACCAAUGGAAGAAAAGAUGAAGACGUUGUUAAAGAAAACAAGAAGUCAAAACAACACCCUAGAAGCUGUAACUACUCAAAAACUGCCAGAAAUACAGCCGAACCAAAACACCUUAACACCUGAUUACUCACCAGAAUCUAAGGUAAUAGAAAUUGCUCCCUCUUCUGAGCAAGUUAACCAACCUGUCAGCAUCAUUCCACCAGUUCCUAAUAUUCCUCCUCCACCUGUGAAUAUCGUACCAGUCGCUAAACCUGUUGAUCUUAAGCCAAUCGUUCCACCAGUUCCAAAAACUCAACCAGUGCCUCCUUCUAUUAACAUUUCUCUUUCUCAAAGUUUGGUCAACUCUGCAACAGCAAUAUCUGGAAAGGCAAUGUUGAAACCAACAUCACCAAGAGAACAGACAGCUAAAAAUGAUGCUGUUGCUGAUCUUCUGGAAGGAAUAAGAAACGGAAUCAAACUUUCCAAAGCAUCAGAACGUGUUCUUGCUGAAAAACCAGCUGCAAAGCAGUCAUUUGAUGUGUUCAGUGUUUUGAAAGAAAAAUUCAAAUUUGCAAAUGCUGAAAUGUCAACAGAUUCAUUCUGUCCUUCAGCUUCUGGAACUUUUACUGAGGAUUGGUAAUCUUAAUUGAUUAUUAUUAACAUUCCUAAUUAAUGAAACACCUUGUAAACUUAUAAUUCAAACAACAUUGAAAUAAAAAUGAAAGAUCCAUCCUAUUUCCAU